UCGCCUGGGCCUCCGUUAGAAAUCUUCCGACCCGACCAGGCAGCCGCACUCUGUUCGCCGGCGGCAGUCGCUGGCGGCAACGGGCGGAUGGCAUGGCACAAGGCUACUGCUAGUUUGUAGUAGGAAACAAUCCGAUUCCUCUCCCCGGCCGCCCCCAGCCCCCAGCCCCCUAACGCCUGACCUGAGGAAUCCUGUCCGCGUCGCCGUCUCCAGCUCUCCGCCUCCAGCCCUCCAUACAGCACACUGCCGCCCCGCGCCCCCUGACGGCCGAGUGCCCAACGGAGGGAGGAAUCGAGGAAGGCAGCCGGCGCACCUGGGAAGGCCAAGGCUUGGCCUGAGAGAAUGCAAGACCCAAGGGAUGAUGAUUUCUCAGCACCAAAGCUGCAUAAGAAGAAGGUUGUGUACCGGCCACUGCCAUCAGGCCAGCUCAAGGGUGAACCUGAACUGCUGCGGAGAGAGUUUCCACAGUCAUCAGGCAUGGUCCAAAAGCCACCCAAAAGAAGCUUGAAGGUUGAGCCUCACACGUCCCCUUCUGACAGAGGGACUCCAGAUUCCCUGACGGAAUCUGGUCCUACUGAUGAAUACCGGGCGUUACGGAGGAAGUACCUGAUGCUGGAGGAAGAGAACUUUGCACUGGACAAAGAACUGAGCAUGGAAGAGGAAGAAAUGAAGGCCCUAGAGGAUGAAAAGCUUGCACUGCUUGAUCAGCUUGUUGUCUUGGAAGGUCUUGUGGAGCCAUCCCAGCUGCAGUCUCAGCGUAGGCCGUGAGGUGUUUUGGUUUAUGUGUAAUCUCGUUGUCGUUCAGUGUAAUACUGCAACUAGUAGAUGUUAAACUUUCUGGGUCUGAACAGUGUGUAGAAACAGCAUAAACCUGUUAUCGGCGAAUAAAAAACUCUUAUGAAUAUUUGCAGGGUCGGCAACUUCUUAGUGUGUUUGUGUAAAGUAUGGAGAAUCAGAAGAAAAUUUAGUUGCGAAGUUUA